AUGGGUGCAGUUAAGAGUAAACUAGUUGGCUGUUCUAAUUAUUGUGUUUGCUGCAGAGUUGGUAAAUCCGAUUCGUACGAUCUAAAGGACUUGCCUCGACCUCCGCAACUGGAUAAUUUGAACGAUGUCAACGACGGAACGAGACAAGGCGUUCUCGCCGUGCAAGGCAUCGACUUCUGCACCGAGACAAACGGGGAAAAUCAUCACACGAGUAAAUUUAACUUGAUGUCAAGAAACGUGGACAGGUGUCUCGUUGUGAGGAGAGGCCAGGCUUUUAAGCUUGAUAUACUUCUGAACAGACCUUUUGAUGCUAACCGAGAUGCUAUUUCUUUUAUCUUUUAUGUUGGAGAUGUUGAGCAGCGAGGGCCAUCCGGCGAUACGUCCGCGGCGGUACCGUUAUUAGAAAAAGGCUCAGAAACCCUAGGAGCCUGGAGUGCAGUAUAUGAGGGACAGGUUGACUCACAUUUGAUGGUAGCUGUAACGCCAGCAGUCGAAUGUAUAGUAGCGGCUUGGCGAAUCGACAUCGACACGAAGCUGAUCGGAGGAGGGUCUCUAAGCUAUACUCAUCCACAACCAAUAUAUAUCCUCUUCAAUCCUUGGUGCUUGAAUGACAGUGUGUAUAUGCCAGGACCCAAUCAUCGAGAAGAAUAUGUCCUAGAAGACGGUGGUCUAAUGUACCGAGGAGUGUAUAAUCGCAUAAAGCCUACACCGUGGAACUAUGCGCAGUAUGAAAAGGAUAUUCUGGACUGCGCCUUGUACCUGGUUAGGGAAGUUGGAAAGGUCAAAGGCCGCGCCAGAAGUGACCCAAUAAGGACCGUUCGUGCUCUCUCCGCUUCCGUUAACGUGCAGGACGACAACGGCGUAUUAUUUGGCAAUUGGGGUACGGAGCUCAGCGACUACAGCGGCGGCACACAUCCUCUGAAAUGGGUCGGCUCAUUAUCGAUACUGCAAAAGUAUUACGAGAAGAAGAAACCUGUGAAAUAUGCGCAAUGCUGGGUUUACGCCGGAGUUUUAACGACUAUUUGCAGGGCUUUAGGUAUACCUUGCAGACCGGUGUCUGGUUACGACGCAGCUCACGAUAGUCAAGGAAGUCUUACUAUUGAUAUAAUCAAAGACGAAGAAGGCAAUACGUUGGAAGAAUUUACCAGAGACUCCGUUUGGAAUUACCAUGUUUGGAAUGAGGUUUGGAUGGAGCGACCAGAUCUCGGUCCGGAGUAUGGUGGUUGGCAGGCUAUCGACUCUACACCACAAGAGACAUCCGAGGAUGUCUACCGCUGUGGCCCAGCUUCCUUGCGAGCAGUUAGGGAAGCAGAACUCCAGCGACCAUAUGAUGUUUCAUACGUCUUUGCACAAGUUAAUGCGGAUAAGGUGUUAUGGAAAUACUUUGGUGAAAUCCAACCUCUGAAGCUCCUGGGCCGUGAUACAACCUCGAUUGGUCAGAAUAUUUCUACAAAGGCUAUUGGGACAAUGGAACGGGAGGAUAUCACUAGCUUGUACAAGUACCCUGAGCGGACAUGGGAGGAACGUGAAACGAUGGAAAAAGCCCUGCGUAAAUCGGAAAGUAUUUUCGCGAGAUAUUAUCUCAACGAUGCCUUCAACGACGUUAUUUUCGACUUCGAAUUGAAAGAUGAUAUCAAAAUUGGUCAAGACUUUAACGUAGUUCUGCACAUGAAGAAUCGAUCAACGGUCGAUCAGCACCAGGUGAAGGGCGUACUGAGGGUGGACACGGUCACUUACACGGGCAAGACAGGGGAUGGCGUCAAGCGAAAGGAGUUCGACCUAAAACUGGCACCAGAGGCUAAGGAAGUGAUUUCAAUGCUCGUCACAUUCGACGAGUACUUCAAGAAACUAGUUGAUCAGGCUUCAUUCAACAUCGCUUGCCUAGCUUCAAUUGUAGACAUUAAUUUCGACUAUUUCGCACAAGAUGACUUCAGAGUUCGUAAUCCUGACAUAAAGAUCGAAAUCAAUGGUAAACCAACCUCACGGCAAGAGUUCGAGGUAACUGUGAAGCUCGAAAAUCCGUUACCCAUACCUUUGAAAAACGGCAAGUUCUACAUACAGGGACCUGGAUUGGACAAACAGCUCAAAAUUGAACUAAAUGAGAAUGUGGCUCCAGGUGAAUUUGCGACGGCACAGUUUAAACUUACGCCACCAUGGGCCGGUCGUCAUCAAAUAUCAGCCAAGUUCACAUCGAAGGAGAUUCAAGACAUUGAUGGCUUUAGAUCUUUCAUAGUUUCGCCACCAGCAGAGAGCAACGGUAUAUCAUCAUUUGAAAAUAGUCACGAAACUCGACAAAUAUAA